AUGAGAGCAAACCGGAGUGAAAGAGAAAUCAAAGACGAGAAGAAGCCGAAUGGACUCAGCAACGGCGUUGAGCCCGAGGCUGAAGCUGCCUUGAUAGUCGAUGAACAAGCUGAGCCCAGUGGACACUAUAUUUUUGAUAAUUCAGAGGAGAAGCGAGCAUACAAUUUUGAUGCUGAUAAAGAGAUGCUGUCGCCACCCUCGGUAAUAUUCAUAUAUGAUUUCUCAAAUCAGUGUUAG